AUAUAAUUAAGGUGUGAAAAUCGAAUCCUGUAUUGUAAAAUAUUUAAUCCUGUGUUUCAUAAAUCGAGUUUAUCGAUAUUUCUGAUGCUUUUGUGGUUGCACAAAAAAAGGGUGUGUUUGGUAUUCGGCUUAGCGUUGCUUACCGCAACUGAGAGAAAGUGUAAAUUGGACGAAUUGUUUUGAAAAUGAUGAUUCAAUAUUUGAUAAGUGAAUAGAUGAAUAGAAGUUAAAAAGUGGCUGUUCAUAUUGUUUAUGCUAAUUUUUGCAAUAAAUUUAGCAAAGAAUUUAAGAUAAUUGUGUUGUUUGAAAUUUGCGUUGAAAUUGCAACUUAGCUCUGACUUGAAAAGAAAUCAGACAUUCCAAAGUGAAUCAAGUCGUUUCAAUGAUUGUAAAAUAAACAACAAUAAAUACAUGUUUUAGAACGUUUGUUAAACUUAUUUAUAUGUGGUGGUUAAAAUAAAUCAAUUCUUUCGAAACUUCAACCCUUGAAUGAAAAAUUACUUAAUACCAUAAGAUAUUUGUAGACAUAUACAUAGUAUAACUUCUUACAACAAUCAAUCAUGGCUUGGAGGUUUAAGGCUUCAAAAUAUAAAAAUGCUGCACCUAUUGUACCAAAACCAGAAUCAUGUAUACGUGACAUAUGUGUUGGUUCUUAUCAAACAUUCGGCAACAACAUUGCCGCAUCGGCAGCAUUUAUGGCUUUUAACUGGGAACACACAGGUGCAAGUGUUGCUGUACUUCCUCUUGAUGAUUGCGGUCGUAAGAGCAAGACUAUGCCAUUACUACAAGCUCAUACAGACACUGUUACUGAUUUAGAAUUUUCACCUUUUCAUGACGGAUUACUGGCAACAGCUUCGCAAGAUUGUUUGGUUAAAUUGUGGCACAUUCCUGAAAAAGGAUUGGAAGUGUCUUUAUCUGAUCCAGAAUGCGUUUUUUCACAUAAACAACGUCGUGUCGAAACUGUUGGUUUUCAUCCGACUGCUGAUGGUCUUUUAUAUUCCACUGCAGCUGGUUGUGUCACUUUAUUUGAUAUUACAACACAAUCUGAAUUAUAUUCCAACAAUGAACAUACAGAUGUUAUUCAAUCCGCUAGCUGGAAGCAAGAUGGAACUUUAUUAGCAACAAGUAGUAAAGAUAAAAUUAUUCGCAUUUUGGAUGUUCGCACGGAUUCUUCACCAAUAAAAUUAUUUACUGAGUCGCAUCAAAGUAUUAAGGAUUCUCGAGUAGUUUGGUUAGGUGAUCAAAAUCGAAUACUUAGUACAGGUUUUGAUGCGGCUAGAUUGCGUCAAGUUAUAAUAAGGGACUUGCGCAACUUUACAGUGCCGGAGAAGACAUUAGAGUUGGAUUGCUCUACCGGAAUAUUAAUACCUCUUUAUGAUCCUGAUACAAAUAUGUUAUUUUUAGCUGGCAAGGGCGAUACAACUAUUAACUAUCUAGAGGUUACAGAAAAGGAGCCAUUCCUUAUUGAAGGUUUACGUCAUACUGGUGAACAAACUAAGGGAGCAUGUUUAGUGCCGAAACGCGCAUUAAAAGUGAUGGAAGGAGAAGUUAACCGCAUUUUACAAUUAACUUCAAAUAUGGUUAUUCCUAUAAUGUAUCAAGUACCAAGAAAAACAUACAGAGAUUUUCAUAGUGAUUUAUAUCCAGAAACUUCAGGUUAUAAAACUGAAUUAAAUGCUGUUGAAUGGUUUAAUGGUAAUAACUUAUCAGUACCAAAAAUAAGCUUAGACCCCGGAAAACGUACAUUUGGAGACGCUCCAAUUGUUAUACAUCGAGGAAACUUAAAUGAGUUUAAGAAAAAUAUUGAAAAUAUUAGCAAUAAAGAUAUUAUCUUAUCUAAGGCAGUAACUUCAAUAAAUUGCAAUGGAUUUCAAUGUAGCAAUGAACAUAUUAAUGAUAAAAAAUUACUGCAAUAUGAAAAAAAAGUUGAUAAAAAAAGCGAAACGGAUGAUGUGAGUUUUUUAAUCUCUAAAAAUGAUACAAGAAAAACAAAUGAGUCUAAAUAUAAAACGGAUUCUGAAAAAGACAAUAGUAGAUCCAAUCAGGAAUCAAUUGCAGAUAUAUCCCUUGAAUGCGAAAACGAACAAAUAAAUUCUACAAAUCUAUUAUAUCAACUUCAAUUGGACAGCAACAGCAGUGCAACUAUUCCACCGAAGCCCAUGCCGCGUACAUCGCGCAAUAACUCAUUGCCCGAUGCGGUACAUCUAAGCUCUGAUGAUGUCAUACCUACACCUCGUCCGCGAAUAGCUGCUAUUUCAUCAUACAAGCCUCGACUCGGACCAAAACCAUUUUCAUGUACUUCCGGUGAUGUUACGUUUGACAAAGUGUUUUCAGUUCCCGUUGCACCUGGUUCGCUUGAAAAUAUUCAUCAUUUGGAAUCGUUAAACAUUAACGUCGGUCAAUAUAACCAAACUAAACCAGAUUUAAUUGUUGAAAUUGAAAUUAAAAAACCGUUGAACGACUAUGAAAAAAAUGAAAUUGAAAAAUCUCUAACAACUUCAGAACGGAGAAAGUCUUCAACUGACUUUACUAAAUCAACAGAAAAGAUAUUUGAACAAAAUAACUCUGAGUCAUCAGAAAAUUCCACAGAGGGUGAAGAUAAACCUGAUGCUGAUCUAAGACGAUUGUCAACAACUCGUAGUAGUAUUGCAGAACGUCGCCGCUUGUAUGAGAAUCGUUCAAAGAGUACUAUUGAAGAGAAAACUAUGCAUUCUCCAGUUCCAUUAAGGCGCGAAAGCUCAAAAGUUGAAAGUGCAAACUUAACAUCUAACAAUCAAAAUUAUAUUACAAAUGCUGGAGAGGGAAAGCGUAUAUCUGUUCCAGAAGAUAAACUAUCUGAAGAACGUCGUAAAAAUAUUUUGAAUGAAAGUGGAAUUAUAAAGAAAUCGUCAACCGAUGUUUCUAUAACAACAUCAACUAAACGUACAUCGACUGUUUUCGGUAGGGUUUCGAAAUUUCGUCAUUUGAAAGGCACACCUGGACACAAAUCAACACACAUUGAGAAUGUUCGUAAUAUUAGCCGUCAAAUACCUGGAGAAUGUAAUGGUUUUCAUGCAAAUCAUGAACGUGUUGCAGUACCAUUGUCAGGGCCUGGUGGUAAAAUAGCAAUUUUUGAAUUAAAUCAGCCUGGAAGGCUGCCAGAUGGUGUAAUACCAUCUCUUGUAAAUGGAAAUAAUAUCAUGGAUUUCCAGUGGGAUCCUUUUAAUCCAAAAAGAUUAGCAGUAGCUUGUGAUGAUGGCAUUGUCAAACUUUGGUAUAUUAAUGAUGGUGGUCUUAAAGAACCUACAAAUGCUCAUGAAAAAGAAUUAGUAGCUCAUUUCGACAAAAUAUAUUUUAUUAGAUUUCACCCAUUAGCUGAAGAUAUAUUACUAACCGCUAGUUAUGAUAUGACUAUAAAAAUAUGGAAUUUACAUACAAUGGAAGAAAAGUGUUUGUUAUUAGGACAUACAGAUCAAAUAUUUGACUUUGCUUGGAGUCCUUGUGGAAAAUUAGGAGCAUCGGUGUGUAAGGAUGGUAAAAUACGCAUUUUCAAUCCUCGAAAGUCGGAAAUUGCAAUUCUCGAAGGAAAUGGUCCUGUAGGUACCCGGGGCGCUCGAAUAUCAUUCGCUUUGGAAGGACAGUACAUAGUUUGCACAGGAUUUGAUAAAGUAUCAGAACGUCAAAUAAGUGUAUAUAAUGUACAUAAAUUAUCAACACCACUUAAUACAAUGAGUUUAGAUGUUUCACCAUCUAUACUUAUACCCUUUUAUGAUGAAGAUAGUUCGACUUUGUUUGUUACUGGCAAAGGGGACUCCACUAUUUACUGUUAUGAAAUUACAGAUGAAGAACCGUAUAUAUGUGCUUUGUCCCAUCAUCGUUGCAAUUCAUUGCAUCAAGGGUUAAGUUUUCUUUCAAAAAAUCAUUGUGAUGUUGCAAAUGUUGAAUUUUCAAAAGCCUAUCGAUUAACUAAUACUACAAUUGAGCCACUCAGUUUCACCGUUCCACGUAUUAAGAGUGAACUAUUUCAAGAUGAUUUAUUUCCUCCAACACGAGUUACAUGGAAGCCUAUUAUGUCACCUGACGACUGGUUUGCAUCUAACGAUAAGAGAGUGGUAAAAAUUAGUCUUCAGCCUAAAGGCAUGGAUACUUUAUCUUCUAUACAAGUGUGCCAACAUAAAAAAAGUGACCCUGGACAAUUUGUCGUAAAAACUGAAAACGAAAAAACAAAACAACAGCAAAUUCAAAAAGCAGUUAGUGCGCGUCUAGAGUAUAAUACCAAAUUGGAGCAAGAUGAAAUGGAAGGAGUAGAUGAGAAUGAGUGGCAAGAUUAGAAAAAAAAACUAGUAUAAGCAAUAGAAUAUACAACUAUAUGAAGUAAUUUCAUAACUUAUUAUAAAUUUUACGUAUUAUCAUACAUAAACAUAUUUUUUAUCAACAAAUAGAAAGCAAAUAGUAAUAUCUGAACAUAUAUACAUAUUAAGCGAAUAAUAUAAUGACUGCAUUUAAAAGUUUUAUAGACUGGUAAUAUCUAUGGUAAUAUUUUGUACAAAUAUUAUCUAAAGUAUAUAUCUUUUUAAGAUAUUAAAUUCAGUCUUACUAUUUUUUAUAAGCAAAUAUACAGCUUUUAAAUUUCUUAUAUUAAGAUGCACGGAAUGUUGUGCAAAAUUUUAAAGCAAAUAUAAAAAAGGCAUCAUUACAAAAACCAAACGAUUUUGUAAUACAAUUUUAAUAGAAGCGGAUUUUUUAAGAAUAACCUACCUUUUAUAUACUUAUUAUAUUUAUAAGAUUUUACUUUUGUCUAAAUUUAUUAUAAAUGUCAAAACGAAAAGACUAAUGAUUGCCAUAACAUAUUUAUACAAACUUAAAUCUUUGUAACGACUAACGAUUUUAGGAAUUCGUAGUAAUGUCAUUUAAAACAAAAUACUAAAAAUUUGAAUUUUAUGAUGUACUGAUUUUGAAAUUCUGAAAUAAUGAUUUUUCAGCUCUAAAUAAAAAAGCAAUAAUGUAAAAUAUUUCAGCAUUUAUAUAUUACAUUUAGUUUAAUGUAUAUUUUUUAUAAACAUAAAAAAUAAUUAGAAUUUUACAUGCAGUGUUUUGUCUAAUUCUUUGGGAAUUAAUUUGAAUUGUCAUUACUGAAAAAAAUAAAACCACAUUUUUAUAUUAUUUUAGCGUAGCCAGUAAUUUUUAAAUUAAAAUAAAUUUAAUAU